CACAUAUAAGCUGGCUACCAACAAGCAUAAAAAAGGCAGACACGAGACAAUAAUCGAAAAGGACCGAUGGAUCAACGAAAUAAUUAUGGUGGGCAGCUGCUGGCUGUCAUCUUACUGACACUGACGCUUGGUACGGUGAUGGUAGUUCAAGCUGCCUUAUCUAUCAAGACCUUUCAGCUUCCUGGGGGACCUGCACAAAAUCUCCUGUACGUCAAUCUGUCGCAAGGUGAUGGUGUCGUGGUCGUGGGUGGACGAAACAAACUCUACGCACUGUCACCUGACGUAUCGCUCAGGGCGUUUUACAAUACGGGCCCUUUGAACGAUAGCGCGCUAUGCCCACCUGAUCCUCUCGCGUGCGAACACAGCCGAAAUGUGACGGAUAACUACAACCGUAUUCUUCUGCAAAUCGGUACCGAACCACUCAUUCUGGCCUGCGGGGUCACGUCGCAGGGAAUGUGCUCGAUUCACGACCCUUUACUCGACCUGAACGUCACGACGUCCAUGGACAAGAGCCUGACGGACAACUACGUUGCUUCGAAGCUGAGCACCGUGGCCUUCUUUGGCACCGGGGAUGACGGGAGAAACGUCCUCUUUUCCGCAUCGGCCCCGGAUGGCCGUCCUCCGGAGUACCGUCAGUUCACCGUGGCUGCCAGAGUGCUCAACACGUCGGGCUCCUUCAGACUGCUUUCUCACACACGGGCGACCUCUAUGGACGAGAACAACAGGCUCCGAAUGCUUCGCUUUGUCUACGGCUUCAGCCACAAUGGCUUCGCUUACUUCGUCGUAGUGCAGAAGGUGCUGAAGGUGUUCCGGGUCUCCUUCGAGACGCGGCUGGCGCGCAUAUGCGAGAACGACGAGUCCUCAUUCCACACGUACGUGGAGGUACCCAUCAUGUGCCCCACUGGACACGGCGCGCUGUCGGUGGCCACCAGUGCCUACCUGGGGCCGUCGAAGUCUGCAAGCGGCAGUGGCAACGGCAGCACCCACUUUCUUGCAGUGGCUUUCGGAGGGGUUCCCGCCGGUAGAACGAACUCGAGCUACCUGAGGCUGAGUUCUUCGAAUUCGGUGGUCUGCUUUUUCGACAUGAACAGCGUCGAGGACAGAUUUAGGGAGACCAUCGAAAACUGCGACAAGGGAUUGUCGAGCGCGAGGCUGUCGCGCCUCUACCACGGCGAUGGCGACGACCUCAAGUGCUCCCCUUACGAAACAGAAGGCAAGGACGUUUGCACACGGGGACGAAAUGACUACGUGGAAAGUAUGAUUCCGCUCGUUGGGCGAGCAACUAUAACGUUGACAAAGAGCCUCGCAACCUCCGUCACCGUUAUGGGGCAAAACGGUUCCACCGUCGUGUGGGUUGGCGACAACAAGGGGUUUCUCCGCAAGUUUCUGUUGCAGGAUGACUCACCUCGGUUGCUUGCAUCACUGGACCUGUCGAAGGUGGGCCACAUAAUUAGUAGGAACACAGCUCUGGACAGCAACGGAGCGUAUGGUUAUUUUAUCAUCGGCAACAGGGUUGCACGGGUUCCAGUCGGUUCGUGCAAUAUAUACGGAAGCUGCUCGCAAUGCAUACAGAACCAAGAAGACCCGCUCCAAUGUGGAUGGUGCGGAGAUCACUGCGCCCAUUUCGCCGAAUGUCCCGAUCGGGAAAAGUUUUCCGCUGGUCGUUGCCCCAUAGAGGUGGAGCGGGUAUAUCCGUUGAAUGGACCUGUCUCUGGCGGCACUGUCAUCACGAUACUCGGUGACAACUUCGGCUCUCCUGAGCGCAAACCUUACAGCAGCAUUGAGAUCCUAAUUGGCAACCACACUUGUGACAUCGUUUACUGGAACCCUAAGCGAGUUCAAUGCAAAACGCCCCCUGUGCAGUACAGCUCGAAAGUGGACAUUUUGAUAAGCGUAAGCGAUAUUUUCAGUAACGCCGGCAAACGUUACGACGUUCUGCAAAAUGGUACGAUUCCCUCUGGCUUCGAAUACAUGGUUGUGUCGUUCAGCGGAGUAGCGCCUAAUUAUGGGCCAAUUGCGGGAGGAACUAACGUUUCCCUGAGCGGAGUUAACCUCGACGUUGGCUUACAGCAGGUAGUGAAAAUCGGCAGAAGCACAUGCCGGAUACGAAGAGUCGAGAACAAGUUCCUCCAUUGUUCAACGAGCACCGCGAGCCGUGUCAAGACGUAUCAAAAGAUGCAAGUCACGCUGGCCAUUGAUGGCGCUGAGGUUCCCUUCACUACGGCGGACAGUCUGCGCCCGACGUUCACAUACAUGCCGAAUCCGGUGAUCGACAACAUUUAUCCCCGAAAUGCAACUUUCAGCGAGAACUUCACCGUGGAGGUGAAUGGCCUAUUUCUGGACAGUGCUGCUGCUCCAUCGAUGAUAAUGCGAGUGGAUUCUUUGAACUUGAAGAAAAGAGAAACAUUUGUGAAGGUAUGUCGCGUAUUAAGUGGAGGCCGCAAGAUGCUGUGUCCCGGAACGUCCCUGCUGCAGUUCUCAGUGAUCACCGAAGCCGAGUUGCGGAAUCACCAGUUUCGCGUGCCAGCGUUCAUCAGCUUCCACAUGGACGGCUUAAACCUGCCGCCCAGUCACCUAGGAAGAGGCGGAUACUUCAAAUUCUAUUACUUGCCGACGACUGAACUAGACAGCCACACCGAACAGGAAGUCGCUGCCAACGUCCCGCUGGCCAAUGCCCGAACUCAUAAUGCAACGUUCACUGGUGUUAAACCGUGGUAUGGCCCAGCAGCUGGAGGAACUAACAUCACUCUGUUUGGAACAAACCUCGACACUGGAACAGAAAGAAGCGUGGUAAUCGGUGGAGGCAGAUGCACGAUCCACAGGAUAAACUCGACUUUCCUGGAGUGCUCAACGAGCGCCGUCGCCAACAAAAGUCACUUGGACCAGGAGAUGCAGAUCAUCCUCAUUAUAGAUAACACGGAAGUUCCUUUUAUUCCAAAAGACAAUCUGGGCUCCCAGUUCACCUACAAACCUGACCCCGUCAUCGACGACAUGACACCAAAGAGGUCUACGUUCAGUGGGAACUUCACUCUUGAUGUGACGGGCGCCCAUCUGGACAGCGUGGCUCAGCCCGUCAUCGUCACUCGAGUGACUUCUCUGAACCAAGGGCACAAAGAGAACAUAAGAAAGGAAUGUCGCGUCGUAGAGGGAGGCUUCAAGAUGCAGUGCCCUGGCACUUCUCUUAUGGAGUCGUCUGUUAUCAGCCACAGCGAGUUGAAGGGACUGAACGACUCUAUUCUCGUGUGGAUCAGUUUUCAAAUGGAUGGGCUGCGUCUUCCACUGGCCAUCAACGGCGACAAAGAACAUUUCACGUUUAUCUACCAGCCGGAGCCGCAGUUUGUGAGGUUUCCGGAAAUGGAACGCGGCAUCGACCCCAGCGAACUUGCAGUUGAAAUCACGGGAAAUCACUUCGAACUUUUCAUGGACCAUGAGCAGGUUUCGGUGCGUGUCAGGGGCUUGGACGACGCCUGUAAUAUCAUCAAUGUCAGCUCUCACUCAAUUGUUUGCAAGAUGCAGCCUGGCAUUCUGGAACACAAUUCACCUUGCGCGUUAGAAGUGGUGUAUGCGGGAAGGAGUUACCCGGUUGGCGCCGUUAAGCUGAUGACAUCUGAUCAGCCAGGUCUUCAUGCUGGUAUCAUCGCUGGCUCAACGGUGGCUGUCGUGCUCGCAGUGGUGAUCACCGGCGUGGGGUUCUUCUUGCGCCGCCGCCGCCGACGUCAACGAGUCAAAGGCACUUGGCAGACUGGCUACGUCGUUAGCCUCGGCAAGCGUCACAACAAGAGCGACUGUCUGGCUAACGGAUUCAAUCGCUACGUUCGAGAAAGCAACGCUGAUGCCCAGCAAGUACUGAUGGAGGCCCCCUUUGACAUUGAUGAAGAAACCAGAACCAUGCUUGAAAGAGAAAAAUUACUCAUCGAUCGAGGGCGGCUCCAUUUGGGUCCUGUCAUCGGCCAAGGUCACUUCGGUUGUGUCUACCUUGGGAGUAUCAAACUCGAAGACAAAGGCCAAGUCCAAGAGGUGGCAGUGAAAACUCUGCAUAACAACUCUCGCGGUGGCGAAGGUGACAGCAUGGCGUUCUUGGAGGAGGCACUCAUCAUGAAAGACUUUCACCACGUGAAUGUGCUUCCGCUCAUCGGGUUGAGCAUCGACAGGGCGGACGGCCUCAUGGUCAUCAUACCCUACAUGAAAUACGGCGACCUGCUAUCCUACAUACGAGACGAGAGAAACACACCAACAGUAAAACAACUGAUAUCAUUCGGGGUCCACGUGGCCGAAGGCAUGAAGUACUUGGCCGACACUAAGUUCGUGCACAGGGACCUCGCAGCUCGAAACUGCAUGCUGAGCGAAGACUUUGUCGUCCGUGUCGCCGACUUUGGCCUCUCCCGCGACGUUUACGAGAAGGACUACUACAGCGGGGAUAAUAAGAAGACUAAACUGCCAGUGAAGUGGAUGGCGCCAGAGAGCUUGGAGAAAGGCAUCUACAAUCACAAGACAGACGUAUGGUCGUACGGCGUGGUCUUGUGGGAGCUGAUAACUCGCGGAGUGACACCGUAUCCUGAAGUGGACAACUGGGACAUCGUAGAUUUCCUCAAGCAAGGACGCCGGAUGAAACAACCAUGCUUCUGCCCCGAUGAGCUGUACGACAUUAUGCUCAAGUGCUGGCAGGAUGACCCGAAAAAGAGACCUUCGUUCGCAAAGCUCGUCACAGACAUCACGAACGUUCUCACCUGCCUCGAGAAGAAGAAGAGAAAUAAGCGACUCGGUUUGAACGUCACUUACAUCAACUGCCCGCGCCCUGAGCCUGCAGACGAGGCCGGGCCAUCGACAGAAUCUCACCCUCUUUAGGCCACGUUGCACGUUGACCAGGUUUCCUCCACCAUGCGUCAAUGUACAAGACAGCGUUCAUCUCCAGAGAGAAAAAUGUCAACGCACUGGAUGAAUGUGUACACAGAUGGAGACGGUACACAAAUAGCACUAUAUACGUUUCGUCACAUAGCGUAAGCCUUCUCUAAUUACGAAUAAGCGAACAUGCAUCAUAGGCUCGCUAGUCAAGACACGGAGCUCUCAGCAAACACUGCAAUAACGUGACUAGGUGAGAAGGUUAGCACACAUUUGGGGCCAGGGCUAAACAUGGGUUCAAAAACGAUAAGCUCCGCGCCCUGUGUCUUGUCGUUCUAUGCCCGGUGUUUGCGCUGCUCUGUAGACUAUAUAUGGAGCUAGAACGCAACCUUCAAGAAGCGCGCCAGACAUUACACGCAAACUGACGUAAAACUUAUUUGCACACCCAAUACUUGGACACACAUCGUUUAUCUGAUCGUCUGAUCAAGCUUGUAUAUUCCGCUCACUGCAAUAUCUUCAACACAGUGCAACACGUCUCCUCUCCAGUGAGUAUGACAGACACAUCAGCGUGACACAAGCAUCCUGUUAUCAUGAUUGCCAUCUUCAUUAGAAUCUCGUAGAAAUGUUUCUCUUCUCUGUUCGUUUACCGGUACGACGUCUAGCUCGGACUUCUUCGGACAGCAUCAAGCCGGCCUGACUGAAAACCGUUUUUAGGGGAUAAAAUACUUGACCGUGGUUGUGCGCGUCGGUGGUAUGGAAAGCAAAUGAAGUAUUAGUACAGUUCUUCAAGUCGACAGGUCUCUGCAGCCAUUUGCAGACUU